CUGUAGAUUCUAAAUAUUUUUAUCAAGAUUCCAUAAGAUGAGACCCAGCCUCAAGACCCACCACAGACAAAUACCAUUAUCAUUUCGCCAUACUUAAAUGUUGGGACACAUCUGGGUCAACAACAUAGCAGUAAAGCUUCCCAAAAAACUACAUCAGAUUUUAUUGUUGUUAUUGUUUUCCCAGAUAAUGGAUUUUAGUAAGAAGGUCCUAGGCCAGAAGACCUUUGAGCAGUUCAUGAAGAUGACGUUUUAUGGUCAGUUUGUGGCUGGGGAGGACCAUCGGGCCAUCAGGCCCCUGCUCCAAAAGAACCAGGCCUUCGGUGUUGGCUCUGUUCUGGACUACAGUGUUGAGGAAGACAUCAGCCAGGGGGAGGCUGAGAGGAAAGAGAAGGACUUAUGUUCAUCCGCCGUGGGGAGAGAAAGCAAAGGUGUGGACCAGAGGGAGAACAAGUACAAAGCCCUUAGAGGGUUUGGGGAUCGUCGUGGGGGUGCAGCUAGAGCAUGCACCUAUUCCUUCUCAGAUGAAGCCAAGUGCGACCAGCACAUGGAGACCUUCCUCAAGUGCAUCAAGGCAUCAGGUAGAAGUUCAACUGAAGGCUUUUCUGCCAUUAAAAUGACUGCAUUGGGACGACCUCGAUUCCUGCUCCAGUUCUCAGAAGUUCUGAUGAAAUGGCGUCGAUUUUUCAACUUCCUGGCGGCACAGCAGGGGAAAGAUGGCAUAGAGGCAUUGGAUCAGAGGCUGGAUCUGCAAGACCUUCAGGAAUUCCUGAACAGGCUGGGUGCAAAAGGUGACUUCUACGGCUGGUUUACUGAUGGCAAACAGGCAUCCUCUGGCGGCACCAUUGAUAUUCUGGACUGGAACGGUCUGAUAGACGACAGAACAAACACAGCAGACCUGCUGGUCGUCCCAAACCUAGAGAUAAGUCAGCUGGAGCCGCUUUUGGUGAAGUUCACCGCUGAGGAGGAAAAUCAGUUGAAGAGGAUGCUACAGCGCAUGGAUGUCCUGGCUAAUCAUGCAAAAGACAAUGGUGUGCGCUUGAUGGUUGACGCGGAGCAGACCUAUUUCCAACCAGCGAUCAGCAGGCUGACACUGGAGAUGCAAAGAAUCUUCAACAAAAAGAAGCCUAUUAUCUUCAACACCUACCAAUGCUACCUCAAGGAGGCUUAUGACAGUGUAACCAUGGACGUGGAGCUGUCUCGCCGGGAGGGCUGGUGCUUUGGGGCCAAGCUGGUGCGUGGGGCCUACAUGUACCAGGAGAGAGAGAGGGCUAAGGAGAUUGGCUACGAGGAUCCUAUCAACCCCGACUACGAGUCCACCAAUAGGAUGUACCACAGGUGUCUCGACUAUGUGCUGGAUGAAGUUGCACUCAACAGAAAGGCCAGUGUCAUGGUUGCUUCCCAUAAUGAGGACACAGUGAAAUACACCCUUUGGCGAAUGAAUGAAAUGGGUCUGGCCCCUACAGAGAACAAGGUGUCCUUUGGCCAACUAUUGGGCAUGUGUGACCAGAUUAGCUUCCCACUGGGUCAGGCUGGCUUUCCCGUCUAUAAAUAUGUUCCCUAUGGGCCAGUGAAUGAGGUGAUCCCCUAUCUGUCGCGGAGGGCCCAGGAGAACCGUGGCUUCAUGAAGGGGGCCCUGAAGGAGAGGCAGCUGCUGUGGAGGGAACUGAGGCGCAGACUGGCCUCCGGGGAGCUCCUCUACAGACCCAUAUUCUGAGAGACACAGGAGACAUCCAUCCUCCCUGGUCAGCCGCUGCCCCUGCCGCUAUUACUGCAGCUCUUUUCCUCAGUCUCUCUCCCUAGAUCCUCUGUGCAACCCUGGUCUGUGUACAUCGCUAUGCCGAUUGGCUUUGCCUCUGACCAUCUAUCUCUUUUUCUCCUUUUUAUUUUUGAUCCAUUCCUAAUGUCCUUCCUGUAUUGCCUAUUCCCAUUCUCGCCCUCAUUAUUUGUCUCUUUUUCACUCACCUUCAUCUCCCUCAUGUCCACACCCCCCACCUCUUCCAUUCUUCGCCUCCCGUCUUCCCAGGCUGUCGGGUUUCAUCCUCCGCCUCUCUGCCUCUGUAUGCAUUCCCCACGCUGUCCUCUCAGCGUCCACAGAGCCCAGCUUGGUAUCCAUCAAGCAGGCAUCUUUACUACUCCAAAAGGACCGCCUCAAAUGUCAACGCAAGCCGAGAAAGACUUCAUCACGAUCUAUCUUGGAGAGAGGGGCGACAAUAAUAAAAUAACAGACUUGAUUUAAGUGACAGUAAAGGGUACAUCACUAUUCUUUCCCCUAUAAUAUGUUUGUGACUCUGGAGGAGAACCACACAACACCCGGAGGAGGUCUUUCUGCAUAUUUGUGAUGGUGAACUGUUUAUGGGUUUAGUUUAGAACGAUGUAUUUU